AUGUCUUCGGCUGCUUUGGGCUGGCGGAAGGCGGGAAGCGGGGGGCGGGCAGUGAGGGAAGGACACUCCCUGGCAACGGCCGCGCUAGCAGACGGAAAGCUGGUGGAUGCCCGGCCGCUUGGGCCGGCACUAAAGGCGGUGCUGGAGGCUAUGCUCGGCGACGUGGCGACGCCGAUGGCUCUUCUCGACGGCGCGAGGCACGUGGUCGUCACCUUGGGCAGCGCCGGCGUAGUGCUAGCGUCUGCCAGGCCCUGCCAACCUCCAAACGGGGAUCUGUUAAACGGAAGCGACAAUGACAACCGGGGUGUGUUAGAGUCGCCACUGGGGUCCGGUCGGUGGUUUGCCUUGUCGGCAGAACACUAUCCCGCACUCCCUCUCGAGCGCCCAGGACAGGCCGGCGGGGCGAUGGUCGCUGAUUGCACGGGGGCCGGCGACUGCUUGGUGGCGGGGUUGGUCGGCGGCCUUGCGUUGGGGUGGUCGGCGCGGGAGAGCACUUGCUUGGGUCUGCUAUGCGCUCGACAGAGCGUCUUGGCCGACAGGGCGGUUCCGGAGACACUUGGAGACAUUUUCGGAAGCACAGAUAACGUCUGCCCAGAGGGGGCAAGAAGUGUCCUUUCAGCCCUACCAGAGGGCUACGGGCCGAAGGAAGUCCAUCCGUGGGCCGUUGCACAGCAGCAGUAGUGCUUGGUAUCCAUGGUUCACGUCGCCGUGUGCUCCUAUUUGAUAUGUACCUUGUUGUCUACCUCAAAACAUGCGAAUCUCAAGUUAUGCACCAAGGUCUGCUUGUUGUUCGAAUUCCAAGAUAAAAUGCAGUAAAUGCAGAAGUCUCGCGUCCUCCAUCUGUCACGGUGGGGAUCGGUUGCCACGCAGCAUGAUGUGCUACCCAGGGCACUCGUAUUCAAAACGUUGUGUUUCUCCUCUGGUGUUCUUGGGUUAAUACAAGGAACAGGGGCGUCGCAGUCUGCUUUUGAAGCGCUGAUUCCCGUAUCAGCGUGUAUUCUUGAUGGGAAACCCUGCAGUAGUAUGUUGCCUACCAUUGGUCAAAACCAAACCAAGAACCGGGGAAUGCUUCAGGGUAGCACCAUCUGAUGGAUUUGGCGUGCGCUGUGCCCUUUGCCUUACCAUUUCGCCCACAACGCACCAAUGCUUUAGCAAAGAUGUUCCCAUCGGACGACUGUUGCGCCUAGGCCAAGCGGUGCAGCAGGACCAAGGGGUCAGCCGUAUUUCGCUGUCGACGAUGUGAUGUUUCAACUGGCGGGUAUAUGGAGGCGUGAACAGCAAGCCGGCGGUUCACAUUGCCGU